GACCCAUGUGGCCGAGGAACGGCAGGUAAGCAGCCCCCUCUGUUUAAAAGGCUUUAUUGGCCAGUUGGAAUAACGGGAGUCGAAGGGGUCUGACCUACAAAGUCUUUCAAAUAGCUAGCCUAUUCAUAGAGCAAAUUAACUAUGGAACCACGUUUAAAAACGGAAUAAAUUUCAUCUGGUAAAUGGUUUCAUCGACGUUUCUCUCCUGUGUUUUAAAGUUUUCAUAUGUGAGCUUAUGAACCAUUAAGGCUGUAGAUAUUCUGUUGUGAUUAGUGAUUGGUUAUUCAUCUGCCAGGGCAUAUCUAUUCUAUUAACCACCACUAGUAGCAUACGGCUUUUAGCAAGCACAUGCGAUGCAACGCCUAGCUUAGCAUAGCGGCUGGUCCUCGGGAAAUGUUUUAUAUCUUAACAUAUUUUAGAGUCCGAUUCGUUUACGAUCAUGUAUGUCGAUUUAUAAUGCAUAUUAUCAAAAAAGAAAAACCGAGAGUGCUCACUGCAGGCGGCGUGACGUCAGCUCUAUAGUCAGCUGGCCCUCCAUCUGAGCCGAGAGAGAGACCUCCCCCGUAGCGCAGUGAGACAGCACCUCCGCCCGGCUCGCCGCACCCCAUCCUCGGCCACCUGCACAACAUGACGCGCCGCGUCUCCUCUGGGCUCGGCCGGCGGACGCAGUAGGACCGGGACAUAUCGGCUACAGGCCCGUCUAUUUAUUCUUCUCGUAUUUAUUUAAUUUAUUUCUAUAUUUAUUUAUUUCGCUGUAAUGGCUGGGUUCCAUGGUUGCGGCUGCUGAGCGGCAGGUGACUCGUCGAGGCCGUUCUCCUGGUUCGAGUAUGGACUCUCCGAGGCCCGAGCCCCAGCCCGGCCGUCCACCAGCGCAUUUCUCCCGGAAGAAUCGGCUGUUCGCAACGCGAGGACAACCGUAGCAGGGUGCGCCAGCGGCGGUGUUAGUGGUGGUCGAGGGGGGGCCCGUCACAUCAACACACAGCAGCGGAUACGUUCAUCAGCGGGUUCAAGGUUAUGGAGCUAAACGGGAGCGGUGAUUGGUGUUAUUUGCGGCGUCCUGAAGUGUUUUUGUGUGUCUAGAUAAGGACCGUAUUUCGCAGCACCGUUGGCGUUGACUUUACGAGAAACACUCCCGAUCGGUUAAGCCUCUACAGGCAGAGACACCCCGUGGAAUAGGUCGCCAUCUCGCCCGGCGGACAAGAUGAUGGACCUCCAGAUCGACGAGGUGGUGUACCAGGACGACUACGGCUCCGUGUCCGUGAUGUCGGAGCGCGUGUCGGGCCUGGCCAACAGCAUCUACCGGGAGUUCGAGCGGCUGAUCCGCAGCUACGACGAGGAGGUGGUGAAGGAGUUGAUGCCGCUGGUUGUCAACGUGCUGGAGAACCUGGACGGCGUGCUGACGGAGAACCAGGAGCACGAGGUGGAGCUGGAGCUUCUGAAGGAGGACAACGAGCAGCUCAUCACGCAAUACGAGCGGGAGAAGGCGCUGCGGAAGCAAGCGGAGGAGAAAUUCAUCGAGUUUGAGGAUGCCCUGGAGGCAGAGAAGAAGGACCUGCAGGUGCAGGUGGAGGUCCUGGAGCUGACGGGGAAACAGCUGGAGCUCAAGACCAAGAACUACUCGGACCAGAUCACGCGUCUGGAGGAGCGGGAGUCGGACAUGAAGAAGGAGUACAACUCACUGCACCAGCGCCACACCGAGAUGAUCCAGACCUACGUGGAGAACAUCGAGCGGACCAAGAUGCAGCAGGUCGGGGGCCACAGCCAGCCCGAGGGCCCGGGCUCCGGACGCAUCAGCAAAGCGGACCGGCCCCCAUCGCUCAGCCUGUACCCCGGCGCAGAGGGCAUGGUACGUGGGGGUCCUGGGGGGGCUCAGACCGGGUCCGGGAAAGACUCGUGGCCGGGCCAGCCGUGCCCGCCCAACUCCGGCCCGGGCUACCAGGUGUGA